AUGGAUUACGUCAAAAAGGCCGGUUACAGCGCUGCCGCCGAUCGAGUUGGACGGCAGCAGCGACGAGGACGAGGACCAGACCCGGGACGAAGAGACAGAGACCCACCGGCGGGACCAGAACCAGGCCCCGCGACACCACACCACCCGUCCCGAUAACUCGAUAGACAACAGUAUAAUCGUCGUCGUGCAGCGUCGCGACGUGGGUGAGGUAGGCGGAGGUCGCGACGAACGCGUCGCUCGUCGAACGGCAGGAUGAGACCUGACGAGAUGGUGGUGAAUAACGGCGAACAACGGCGGGCAGCGGAGACGAUGUCGGAGACAUCGGAGGGCACCGCGACCACCAGCGUGUCCGGCAAGUCCGGCUUCGAAAGCCGCGAGGAUCUCCGCGAUCUCGCGACCAUGCUGGGCAUCGGCGACGAGGACUUGCACCAGGAACGCUUUCGGGUGGACCGUCGCAAACUGGAACAGAUGCUUCUCGGUGAUGUCAAACCGGCGGAUUCUUUCUUCCAUAGUGUUAUGGAAAGAACGAGUACCCUCAUUACGUGGCCAUCACGAUUGAAGAUCGGAGCAAAAUCGAAGAAAGAUCCGCAUAUAAAAGUCGCAGGACGACUAGAUGACGUACGAGCAGCAAAGGAAAAAAUAAUGGAACUUUUGGACACACGGCAAAGUAACAGAGUGACCAUGAAACUGGAUGUUAGUUACACCGAUCAUUCGCACAUCAUCGGUAAGGGUGGUCUGACAAUUAAGCGAGUGAUGGAGGAAACUGGCUGCCACAUCCAUUUCCCAGACAGUAACCGCAGCAAUCACCAGGACAAGAGUAAUCAAGUCUCUAUCGCUGGUGAAAUGGAGAGCGUCGAACGCGCCCGCGCACGUGUUAGGAAUCUGACACCUCUGAUCUUUUCGUUCGAAUUGCCUAUAAUGGGCGCGUCGCAAAGUAUGCCGGACUGCACUUCACCCUACGUCAUAAAGAUACAGGAGAAAUACAAUGUGCAAGUGAUGUUUCGUACCAGACCGAAGUUACACGCUACCCUAGUGGUCGUCAAGGGAUGCGAAUGGGAGGUUUCCCAAGUCAAGGAGGCAACGAAUCUGCUAAUCCGUUAUAUGUGCAAAAACCUGGCUAGUCAAAUUCAAGUACAAAUGUCGAUGGAGAUUUCACCCCAACAUCAUAGCAUUGUGCUAGGGAAACAGAGCAGCAAUCUGAAGAUAAUAAUGCAGCGUACCGCCACGCAAAUUAUGUUUCCCGAUGCCGGCGAUCCGAAUAUACCCAGCCUCAAGAAAAGCAAUGUCACGAUCACUGGCGGUAUACAUAAUGUUUACUUGGCUCGACAACAAUUAGUGGGAUCGUUACCGUUAGUACUCAUGUUCGAUCUGCCGGAGGAUUCUAUAUCCGCUACCGUGGAUACUGAGAAGAUCUCCCAACUCAUGCAAUCCUUGGAUGUGUUUAUUAACGUUCGGCAUAAACCAAAACAAAGCACACUUUCCGUGAUUAUCAAAGGAAUCGAGAGAAACGCCAGUAAUAUUUAUGAAGCGCGAAAGCAGUUGUUGGGAUUGGACGAGCCCAGAGUUCAUGCCGAGAUACCGUCUAUGUAUCACAUUCCGAACGCUGGCAGUGUUUUCCAAAGCAAUAAUAAUAAUGACAUCGGCGUCAACAACAAUCUGAUGAGUGGUGUGACAGAUAGCUUUUCGAGUAUGUUGAAUAUAAACACGCAGAAUCCAUCGUAUUGUAUGUCGCCGAUUUCACACUCGCCGAAUUCCAUAGGACUACCGUCGCACUGGAAUCUUCCUACACAUUAUAUUCCUCCCAUCUGUGCGUAUUCUCCCUACCCUCAUUUAAAUUUGCUAUCGACGCAACACAACAUGUUGCACAACAAUUUAAUGGGAACUUCCCAUGGCCCCCAUGGAUUAUCGAAUCAUAUGAUACCUUCCGGUAUCGGUUAUCACUCUAACGGCAUAUCGAGCAACUUUUCUAAUAUUCAUGGUUUCAACGCUAAUUUAACGGAUAGCAAAGAAGGUAGCAGUGCUUACUCUUCGCUAAGCAGCGUCUCUAGCUCUCUAUCUAGUCCUGCUAUCAGUCCUCGUAACGUUUCACCAGUCAAUCCUACGGAUACUAGUCCUAACUUAUCGGAUUUAUCCAGCAUGUUAUCAGAAUUACCGGUCACCGAUCGACGUGCACCUGGUUGCGAGAAAAAAUCACUCGAGAUAGCUGCGCAGCAACAUCUCACGCCUUUCGAUUAUGAACAGAAGAAGCUAUUAGCCACAAAGGCGGUGCAAAACAAGUCGAAUAACAACGAUUUCCGCGUGCCGACGUCCGCGUGGUCUGGUUAUGGCCUCAGCCAGAGUAUUCCGCCCUUAAUUACGAGUGACUUAAGCAAGGAGCUGAUGUCACAUCCUUCAGACUUGUGGAAAGAACCGACCACGCCGGUGUUCAAUACCGAGAUGGAUUUCGGUAAUAUUAUCUCGAGCAAAGAUCGCGUUGGACAGAUAGGGAUGGCAUCAAAUUAUAUAGAUCACACACCGACCUCCCAUUUGAACAAAAUUACAUCGUCGCAUCGUUUUAAUGAUUUGGCUAGUAUGCUAACCAGCAUCGGUUUGGAGAAAUAUAUACGCCUAUUCACAUCUCAUGAGGUGGACAUGUCUACGUUUCAUUCUCUGACAGAGAAGGAUCUCUGCGAAAUCGGGAUUACCGCUUGGGGUGCGAGGCGCAAAAUAUUGCUAUUAAUAUCUGAUAUGAACAAACGAACGAGUCCGUUCUCUGGAAGCGCCGCGCCCGGCGCCGAACGGAAGGCGUCCACGUUGUCGGCAUCGACAGACAAAUGCAAUCUGGACACCAAAUGGUAAAAGAAUACUGAUCGCUAUUCGUUCCAAACGUGACGGCGUACCAACGCUCUCGAAGCCGAUCAGAGACGCCGCAUGGCGUAAUCUGCCAACAUUAAUUACGCUAAAAAAUAAGUACUUAACAAUUCCAAUCGCGCGCGCGCGCGUAAUUGCGAGUACCAUUACGCUGUUAUAUCGGGUGUUCGGGCGGAACGAAUGCGAAUUCAAGAGAUUCACGGAAACCAAAAGGACUAUUAUUUGGUUAUUUGUACCGCGGGAAUAGACAAACGCGAGAUAGAUAGCCGAACGGUUUGCAUGUUGAUUGAUUUGAAAUUACUUAAGUAUCGGUAAAAGAAUUAAGAAGGAGAAAGUUAUUUUUGUGGCCGGGAACUGGCUGUAGUCUUUUUUUUCUUCAUUUUUUUUUCGCUGUUCUCGGCGCGCGCCCAAAGGUGCCUUAGGAUCUAGGAUAGUCGUUAAUAUUUUCGCUGUCUCCGUUUAUUACAUAUUUGUCCAGCCACGAUGGACGCGUCGUUAUUGCUUCAUCUUGUUGAUAUAAAUCGAAAUAUUUCUCGAAUCUUAUAUCGAUUCCGUAAUUCAAUUAACGUUUCUAAACAAGCGUGCCAAUCGCUGGCAAAAAAGUCAUCGGAUAAAUUACGCUUAUAUUAUAAAAUUCGCGAAACGAUGCGCGCGUCUCACUCGUUAUAUCAUGUGAUGGUUCGCUUGAUGAACGGAUGAUCAGUAAAUGCGAGUGAAUGCAUGUAUAUGAGUAUGUGAAAUGUGAAAUGUGAAAUGGGUAUAAAUGUGUUUCUAAAAUGAAAUCUAAAAAAAUUAGAAAAGAUUAUCAGAGUUAUCAGGAAUUUAGAAUGAAAUGCGAUGGGCGAGGGAUGUCCCGCGUGUGUUCAGCGAAUUUUCGUCCUAGCAAAAAUUUACAUUAUCUUUAAUUCAGACUAAGCUCGAAUGUGCGACCGUAAGUUGGCCAAAAUGUUUAAUCUAAAUGUCGAAAUUAAUUAAACAACCGACCAGUACUGAUCAACGAUUCGACAUUGCACAUUAAUUAAAUGCGAUUUAUAACACAGAUUCCGCAUGCGGUUGCGCGAUUUCGAGUUUUACACGAAGCAAGUAUAUAUAUAUAUAUAAGUUACAAAAUAUUUAUUAAUUAUUUCGCGAAAGACGCUGGACGCAUGUCAAACAAUAGACCGCAAGAACUUUUCGUGUAACGCGUGUAUUGAAAAUAGAAUAGUAUAAAAUAAAUUCUAUAUAGCGAAAAAUAUUCCGCGAAUUACUCUCCGCGUACCACAAACGAUACUUUUCGAGGAGCUAA